AUGAUUUCUGUGCUGCGACCUCUGUCAGGGCGCAUAGCCGGGCGGCGGCUAGCCUUGACCCUGCGCGUCCAGCAAUGCAAUCUUCACGUUGACGGCAGAAGCCGUGUUUCAAAUACAUGGAUUCCUACUGGUGGAAUUUCCAAGAAGCCCGUUGAUGGUGAAAAGGAGGAUGCCAAUGACCUAUUAGUCCGAGGUGGAUUUCUUCGACAGGCAUAUUCUGGGGUGUUUCAUUUACUUCCACUUGGUCUACGUGUCCAAGAUAAGCUAGAGCGUCUGAUUGACAAGCAUAUGCGCUCACUUGGCGCAUCCAAGGUCUCUUUAUCCUCAAUGUCCUCGCAAGAGCUCUGGGCACAGUCCGGCAGACUUAGCGAUGGUUCCGAACUGUUUCGAUUCAAAGAUCGGAAAGAUACCCCAUUUCUCUUAGCUCCAACACACGAGGAAGAGAUCACAACACUUGUGGGGAAUCUGACAACGUCAUACAAGAGCCUGCCUUUGCGGGUGUAUCAAAUUACGCGAAAGUACAGAGAUGAGGCCCGGCCUAGACAGGGCCUACUUCGUGGGCGAGAGUUCAUCAUGAAAGACCUCUAUACGUUCGACUACAGUGUCAGCGAGGCACUGAAAACAUAUGAUGCAGUCAAAAAUGCCUACACAGAAUUAUUCAACGAACUCAAGAUUCCUUACCUAGUCGCGGCAGCAGACUCGGGGAACAUGGGCGGCUCAUUGAGCCAUGAGUAUCACUUCAUCAGCCCGAAGGGCGAGGACGAGGUUGUCAGCUGCUCGCACUGUGACCACGUCUAUAACGAGGAACUCGCAGACGGCAAGACGCACAGCUCUGAGGAGUCCGAACAUAACACAGCACCUGGCUUCCAGACAGAUGAUGCACCUGUCGAAGGUGGACCAACAAUCUCAACUGGCAUGUGGAUGGCCAUCUCUCACGAUAGCAGCACCAUCGUACGGAGCUGGCACCCCAAAUUUUCGAUGCAGGACGGCGCGACAGAGCCUGUUGAGCGCCAUGUCAACUCACACGCCGUCAAGGCAGUGGCAACCGCCGCCGGUAUUGACCUUGAUCUGAGCGUGGAAAACCCAUUACAGCGAUGGACCGCCCACGUAAAGGCAAACAAGUCCACGCAGAAGCCGCGUGUGGUAGAUCUAUACGACUCACAGGUUCGGGUAUACCAGCGCCCACCCCUGAGUGAUCUUCUCCAGGAAGUUGGCUGCACAGCCUCGGAGAUAGAUUACUCCAAGCUGGACCGAUUCCCUGGAACUACAAACAAACUCAGCCUUGUCCGCGUACAUAACGGAGAUCAGUGCUCGCAGUGCGCGCAUGGAUCGCUAACUAGCCACUCUGCCGUGGAAUUAGGACACACAUUCCACUUGGGGACGCGGUACAGCAAAGUCCUGAACGCGUCUGUUUCUGUCAACUCCGCUCUUCUCGAGGGAUCUGAAGAUCCUGGUGCAAAAUCCUCAGGCAAGGAACAAAUCGUACCUAUGCAGAUGGGAUGUCACGGUAUCGGUGUUUCGCGUAUGAUCUCCGCAGUGGCGAAUCGACUUGCUGAUUCCAAGGGGCUCAAUUGGCCACGUGCUAUGGCACCCUACGAGGCUGUGGUGGUCUCAGGAAAGGGCCUGGAGACCGUUGCGAAUCAGGUAUACGAUACUCUUACCAGUGACGCUUCAGCACCUGUUGAUGUUAUCCUCGAUGACCGGGACAAGGGUAUGGGCUGGAAACUUGGUGAUGCAGAUUUGAUCGGAUACCCUAUUAUUGUUGUUGUUGGCAAUGGGUGGAAGAAGAAGGAGACUUUGGAGGUGCAGUGCCGUCGACUGGGCGUGAAAGAGGAUGUGUCGCUAGAUGAACUGCGCACCUUUGUCGAGUCCUUGUUGGCAAAAUUGUGA